CGAAACCGAGUAUUACUGAACCUGUCCGAGAUCUUGUUUUUGAAGUUUGACAUUUCAAUUUUCAUUUCAACUUUUUGAGGUAGUUUCACAAGUUUUCCUAAAAUUUCCAUUUCCCAAAGUUUAAAGAGUUUUAAUAACACUAUAAGCAAUUUCAUUUAGCAAUGUCUAAUUCAAACGGGGAAAACUUAGAGCAGCAAACCACACCAUCGGUUAAAGAAGAAGGUAAAACUGCCCAGCAAAUCAAACGCAGACGUAAUCGGAAUCGCAAGAAGAAUGCAAAAGUAGAGAACUUGGUAUCAAAGACUUUUCAAGCUAAGUUGAUGGCCAAUUCGUUACUAUCUGAAAGCAACCGGGACAAGUCAAAUCUUGAUAAAACAAAUAUACAAAAAGUCGGAGAUAUUGACAACACAAAACAGGAAUUGCAAGUUAAACCUCUGCCCUCAAACAGCAGUCCUGAACACGUAAUAGAAAAAAAACCUCCCUCGCCGAACAACACCAAUACCACAUUGGAAGUAAAUACCACGUCAAAAGAAAUAACUAUGAAUCAACAACCAGCAGCUGAAAAGACCAGAGAGGAGAUUAAGGCUGAAAGAGAGGCCAAGAAGUUGGCAAAACAAUUAGCGAAGAAGAAAGGAAAAGAUAGUCAAAAUCCGGAGGCUGGCAUAUCAACAACAACAUUUGGAAACAUUGAAACUAAAGUUAUUCCACCAACAAAUAAUUUGCCGCAAACACAAAAUAACGAAAAAGAUUCUAAAGCGUCUACAAAAGAAAUCACAAAUGCUCCUCCAAUCGAUAAGUCUCUUGACAAAAAGUUGGCUUCAAUUAACAUUUCUGCAAGCGAUACUAAACCUGGAGAGCGACCAAAGGAGGCGAAGCCGACUUUGACAAAAGCUGAACGCCGAGCCAUUCAGGAAGCUCAACGUGCUGCCAAGGCUGCUGCAGGGGCAAAAACAGUGCCCAAGUCAGAAGCAAUCACUAAAACCACAACCGAAAAGAAGUCCCUCAGUGUAGUACCUAAAGAAAAUUCGUCUCCCCGUGCAGAUAAAUUGCAACUGAAAGCAAACAAAGAUUGCAGAGUAAAACUUUUCAAUCAUUUGGAGAGUUGUGGAAAAGACUCGAACUUAUUUGCCAACAAUUUGAAUAUUCAUCCAAUUAUCGUGAGAUUAGGUGAACAAUAUGCCAAGAGAACAAUUGUUGGUUCAAAUGCUAGGUGUAUCUCGUUUUUGAGUGCACUAAAGAAGGUUAUUCAAGACUACGAAACACCAGCUAAAAAAGAAUUCGCAAGGAGUCUAGAAACUACAAUUAAAAACUGCGUCGAUCAUUUGCAUAAAUGCCGACCACUUGCAGUUUCUGUAUGGAACGCCUAUAAACAUAUAAAACAUGUCUUGACUCAAUUAUCCGUUGACCAGCCAGAAUCCGAACUUAAAGAACAUCUCUGCCAUUUUAUCGAUACUUAUAUUGAGAACCAAAUUGGAAAAGCCGCUGAAGCUAUAAGCAGAUCAGUUCAAAAUAAGAUCCUCAAUGGAGAUGUAAUUCUAACGUUCGGAUGUUCUUCGCUUAUAAACUACAUUUUUGAAGAAGCUCAUCGUCGAAAUGUUGAUUUUCGUGUCAUUGUCGUGGAUUCUAGGCCGUUUUUAGAAGGCCAAGAGCUUUUACGCCGAUUGACUGCCACUGGAAUACCAUGCACUUAUGUUCUUAUAAAUGCCGUUGGAUUUGUUAUGCCUGAAGUGACUAAAAUACUGCUUGGUGCUCACGCUCUUCUUUCCAAUGGUUAUGUUAUGGCGCGUGCUGGAACCGCUCAAGUUGCUCUGGUAGCUCGUUCAUUUAACGUUCCCGUAUUAGUUUGCUGCGAAACGCACAAAUUCAGCGAACGAUUUCAAACCGAUGCAAUUGUUUAUAAUGAAUUGGGUAACCCAGAUGACCUGAUAAUGAGUAACACCUGUCGCUUGAUGAAUUGGCAAUCGCAAAAUAAGUUAUCCCCAUUGAAUUUGAAUUAUGACAUAACUCCACCAGAACUAGUUACAGCUGUUGUAACGGAAGUUGCAAUUUUACCAUGCACAAGUGUUCCUGUGAUUUUGAGAAUCAAACCUACUGAAAUUGGAUAUUAAUACCAAACAAGCAAAGAUUUCGAAUGUAAUUUUAAAAAUACUUUAAAGCCAUUGUUUAACGAUUUAAUAAUAAAAUUAUGAGCCAAAAUUAAGAA